CAGGGCAGGCGCGGGGCGGUCACGGGGGCGGGGCCGGUCGCGGGGCGCGGGGCGGGCCCGAGCUACCGGUAGUCUGCCUGCCGCAGUCCGAGCGCCGCGCUGGGGAGAGCGGGUGUUUGAAGGCUCCGCGGACCGGCACUAGGAGCCGGGGGCGGGUCCGUGACCCUCCGGCUGCUCGGAGCGAACAGGCGGCCAGGAAAGAAGCGGGCCUGAACACCAUGAUCCCUUUGGAGAAGCCAGGCAGCGGCGGCUCCUCCCCAGGCGCAACCUCAGGCUCGGGCCGGGCAGGCCGGGGUCUGAGCGGGCCGUGCCGGCCGCCGCCGCCGCCCCAGGCCCGCGGGCUGCUGACAGAGAUACGCGCCGUGGUGCGCACCGAGCCCUUCCAGGACGGCUACAGCCUGUGCCCGGGCCGGGAGUUGGGCAGGGGGAAAUUUGCAGUGGUGAGAAAAUGUAUAAAGAAAGAUUCUGGGAAAGAAUUUGCUGCAAAGUUCAUGAGAAAAAGAAGAAAAGGCCAAGAUUGUCGGAUGGAAAUAAUUCAUGAGAUUGCUGUACUUGAACUAGCACAAGACAAUCCUUGGGUCAUUAAUUUACAUGCAGUUUAUGAGACUGCAUCAGAAAUGAUCUUAGUUCUGGAAUAUGCUGCUGGGGGUGAAAUCUUUGACCAGUGUGUUGCAGACAGAGAAGAAGCCUUUAAAGAAAAAGAUGUUCAAAGACUUAUGCGACAGAUUUUAGAAGGUGUUCACUUUUUACACACUCGUGAUGUAGUUCAUCUUGAUUUGAAGCCUCAGAAUAUUCUGUUGACAAGUGAAUCUCCAUUGGGUGACAUUAAGAUUGUUGAUUUUGGCCUUUCAAGAAUAUUGAAGAACAGUGAAGAGCUCCGAGAAAUUAUGGGUACCCCUGAAUAUGUGGCUCCUGAAAUUCUUAGUUAUGAUCCUAUAAGCAUGGCAACAGAUAUGUGGAGCAUUGGAGUAUUAACAUAUGUCAUGCUUACAGGAAUAUCACCUUUCUUAGGCAAUGAUAAACAAGAAACAUUCUUAAACAUCUCACAGAUGAAUUUAAGUUAUUCUGAGGAAGAAUUUGAUGUUUUGUCUGAGUCGGCUGUUGAUUUCAUCAGGACACUUUUAGUUAAGAAACCUGAAGAUCGAGCCACUGCUGAAGAAUGUCUAAAGCACCCCUGGUUGACACAGAGCAGUAUUCAAGAGCCUUCUUUCAGGAUGGAAAAGGCACUAGAAGAAGCAAAUGCCCUCCAAGAAGGUCAUUCUGUGCCUGAAAUUAAUUCAGAUACCGACAAAUCAGAAAACGAGGAAUCCAUUGUAACCGAAGAGUUAAUUGUAGUUACUUCAUAUACUCUAGGACAAUGCAGACAGUCUGAAAAAGAGAAAAUGGAGCAAAAGGCCAUUUCCAAACGAUUUAAAUUUGAGGAACCUUUGCUACAAGAAAUUCCAGGAGAAUUUAUCUACUGAGCAGUAUUUCCCUUUAGAACUUCAAGAUUUCUACAUUGAAAAUGUUAAUAUUAUUUAUGGACCUCUGGCCAAAUGGUACAUGUACUGGAAGUGGAUAACAAGUAUCACUUACACAAACAAAAAUAACUUUGUCAAAUUUGUGGAGUUAGGUGGAAGCCAGAUUUUAAAAGUUGCCAACCAGGAGAUUUAACAGGUACAGUUACCCGUUUCAAUGUUAUUUUUAAGAAGGGAGAUGUUGGCACCUUUGAAUUCUACAUCCUAUUUCUCCAGAAUGAGAAUUUGUGUACAAAGAUAUUUGUAUUCACUUUCUUUAAAAAAUCCAAGUAAAAGUGCCAAAACUACAUUUCUGUAAAUCUCUUGCAUUAUUCAUAUGUGUAUCUAUAUCUGCAUAAUGUUUGUUAAUGUCUACUAAAAUUGCUACUUUUUCACGUUGGAUUUGUUUUUGGCAAAAUUUUAGUCUAAACAGACAUCUAAAUUUUCGAGACUUAGAAUAACAUUCACUAAAGUUUGAUAAUGUCUUUUUUAAAUAUUUUCUUCCUGCUUUAUAGUGACUUGAUUUGGUUUCUGUUGUGUUUUUGCCUAAAUGCUAGUAACAUAUCAGUGAAAAACCCUAAUUUUUUUUUCUCUUCAAUGUCACUAGUAAGAGAGGUGGUAAUUUUUCACCUCUGAAAUUAUUCUGGGUUUAGGUGUCAGCUCUUGAGCUGCUUCCCUCAUCACACCACACUCACAUGCAUCUGCUCUCUCUCACACUCUAUACCCCUGCCACUUCCUGGCACCUCCCCCCAUGCUUCUCAUUUAAUUUUGGCCACUAUCAGUGUGAUCUGAUCAACAGUCUGGUUACCUUGGUCAGUGAAAAGAUGCUACUAUAUUGCUUUUGUCCCAAAGUGAGUAAAAUCCCCUAGAGCAGAGAGAGAGAGAGAGAGAGAGGGAGAGAGUGUGUCUUCAUGCCAACCACAGCCUGUUUCUGCUGAGUUUCUUAUCAGCCCUCAAGCUAUGCUAGGAAAAGUUAUAAAAUGCCAAAAUAUUUAUAAACAUUUACUUUGUCCAUAAAAAAUUUACAUUGGAUACUCUGUAAGUAGGAGGUACUUUGUCCCAAAAAGAUGUAUAAGAAUGUACUAAUAGUUUUAUUUGAUUAGGAUUGAACAGUUCAGUUGUAUCUAUGCCCCACAGUGACCAGUAAAGUCCAAUUAAAAUAUGGAAAUGUAAAAGUGUAUGCCGAAUACCUUAAAGUAACUAAUUAUCCUUACACACAAAAGGCUCAGUGCAUUAAAUAUUUGCCUAUCA